GCUCGCGCGGCUGUGAGUUUGUCAGUUUCCUAAAUAUAGCGGAGAGCUUCUGUCUCUGUUUGUCUGCGGGAGUCGCUUUGAUAAAAAGCAGUAUUUACAGAAGGAUACAGAGGGUAUCUGUCCUCCAGAGCUUCAAAAGGAGUUUAUCCUCCUGCCUUGGCACAUACUGACACAUUCAGUAAGCCAUGCCAAACUGAUACUGGAGUAACCCAGCUGCCAGUGGAACUAUGUGUUGAGGACUGCCUGUUGAAGUCUUAACUACCUGGAGCCCUCUGAUAUUCUUCUUUGGCUGUUGGAGGAAUUAGUUUUGACAAUGGGGAGGAGGAAGAUCCAGAUCGCCCGGAUCGUGGAUGAAAGGAACAGACAGGUGACUUUCAUGAAGAGGAAGUUUGGUCUGAUGAAGAAGGCCUAUGAGCUGAGCGUUCUGUGUGACUGCGAAAUCGCCCUCAUUAUCUUCAACAGCUCCAACAAGCUGUUCCAGUACGCCAGCACCGACAUGGACAAGGUCCUGCUGAAAUACACCGAGUACAACGAGCCCCACGAGAGCAGAACCAACUGCGACAUUGUAGAGGCCCUGAACAAGAAGGAGCACAGAGGCGGCGACAGCCCUGACACUGACGCCACUUACGUCCUCACGCCCCAUACUGAGGAGAAGUACAAAAAGAUUAAUGAAGAGUUUGACAACAUGAUGAAGUGUCAUAAAAUUACCACCAACCUUCCACAGCAGAACUUCCUGCAUGGCAGCAUGGUCUACAGCCCUGGUGCAGGAGGAGGAGGAGGAGGAGGAGGGGGAGGAGGAGCGACCUCCCAGGCUCUCGCUGCAGCCACAGCAGCUCUGGCUGACAGCGGGAUCCUCUCCUCACCUCACACACACCUCCACAGAAACAUUAACCCCUCACAGAGACCUCCCAGCACUGGAAACACAGGUGAUAUGGCUCUGCAAAAUGGAUCUGGGUCUGUAAACGGUUUUGUGGGCUCCCCUGGUGGAGGCAGCUUGGGGAAGAUCCUACCACCCAAAUCUCCUCCUCUUCCACACAAUAGCCGCAAAACGGACCUCCGAGUGGUCGUCCCUCAGUCCAAAGGAAUGAUGCACACACUCGGUACCCAGAGGCUGAGUGACAGUCUGUCCACCCCGGUGGUCUCCAUCUCCACACCCAGUCUGUCCCACCAGAGUCUGGUCUACUCCAGCAUCGGCUCUCCGUACAACAACGAUUACUCCCUGAACAGUCCCGAGCUGUCGGGCUACUCCCCCACUGCAGGACUCUCUUUGGGCUCCUUGACGGCGUGGCAGCAGCACCAGCUGAGCUCACUGGGGUCUGGGAGCUCCAGUCUCUCCAUCAACACCAACCACGACAUCAACAUCAAAGCUGAACCGACCUCCCCGCCCCGCAACCACCUCAGUCAAUCAGGGUACAUGACCCAGGCUCACGGCCCUCCUCAUCCUCACGCCUCCAGCAGAGCAGAGAUGGGGAGGUCUCCCGCGGACAGCAUCAGCUCCUCCUGCAGCUCCCACGAGGGCGGAGGCAGCGACCGGGAGGAGCAGCAGAGGCGGGACUUCCUCCCUGUGAGCCGCUCAGAGGGCAUGGAGGGUCCAGCGACGGUCAAACGAAUGCGAAUGGACAGCUGGGUGACAUAAAGCCUGCAGUCACAUGAUGUCACAACAGCAGGGCGAACACAGGAAGGACACUGUUAUGCAAAUGUAUUUUAUUGAUGUGUUCUGUUGUGUUAUUAAGUUUUCAUUUAUUUUGUGGUCAGAUUUUCAAAAGUCAGUCUGCGUUUUCUGGAUCCGUCCAAAUUCUCUCAUCAACUUUCAGAGAAUCUUAAAAGGAAAACUUCACCAACCAAAUGGUCAUAUGUACAUCAAAUCCUCACUCCGUGUUACUUUGGAUUCUUGAAGAACAAUGUGUUUUCCUCGCAUGCUUCAACAUCGAAUCAAGAAUAUAAGAAGAAUAACCAACAUCUAAUUCUUUUUUACAUUUUAUGCAUUAACAAUCACAGGCUUGUAAUGCUUGGCAAGAUGUUAGUAAAUAGUCAUUUCAAGAAUCAGAAUCAGUACAUUUGAUUUAUCCCGGGGGAAAAUUGACAAUAUUAGAAUUAUAUAAAAUAAAAUAGAAUAAAAUAUUUACUUUAACGUAAGAAGUUAAGGUAAGAAUGUGCAAUAAAAAAAUACAAUAAAUAAAAAUACAUAUGUUUAUUUAAAUUGGAGAAGUAAAAUGUCUAAUAAAAUUGAAUUAAAGAAAAUAAAAAUAUUUGUAUAGACAUAAAAUGUUCACAUUGUACAAUAUUGACACAAUUGUAUUAGUAUUCAUAAUUUAUCAAUGCGGAACAACACACAGGUUUAGCUGCUAUUAGUGUCCUACAGUCUAUUGGUUGAAAGUGUAUAUGGAGAGUAAGGAGAAUACAGUGUGUGAAAUUGUUUGAAAUGUUUGAUAGCGCGGCUCCUAUUUGCAUCAAUUGAUGAUGACAUUUUCCAAUUUUUGGAUGGAGAAAGGCAUACGAGAAAAACAAAUUCACUUCAAGAAAUCACGCUAACACGGGGUAAAUCCUUGAUUUAGAAAUUAUAAUUUGGGGGUUAAUUAUUCCCUUAAAACAUAUCAUGGCAUCCUCUAAAAAUAUAAAUAAUUGAAGCAUCACAGACUGAUUAUGUGGGUCCAAUUGCAGAACAAUCUGUCUAUUUGUUAUCCAGCGGUAUGCAAUACUGUACACAAAAAAAAUCCAAAAAGGUGAGAUUUAUUGUUGAUUUUGGUGGUAAAGCAGUGAAAUGCUUCCGGAUGCCUCCCACUGGGUUUCACCAGAUUCAUUUCUGAUCUUCUCAGGGUUUGAAACAUUGAACGAGUCCAACAUGAAAGCAAUACCACCUCCUAUUUUUUACAAAUAAUACUUAUUUAUAUCAGCCAAAGCAGUAUGCUGUUUUUAUGUUUGUGUGAGUUUUUAUAUUGUGCACAGAAUAAGAUAAUACUUCAGUCAGAUUUCAAACUGAAAGCCAUGGACACUUGUUCUGUACGGACUUCCAAAAAAGGUUGUAAUUGUUUUGUAUAUACUAUCUUUAAUAUAUAUCACUUUUGGUGUAACUCUG